UAUAAUUCUGAAAACAGUAUUCUACCUAUCAUACUGAUAUUAACACUAACACACACACACAAAAAACACACCAUCCCCCUAGACUUCCUUCCUCUCAUUAACUCACCCUUCAGACCUGCAAGACUCAGAGGAGCCAAUAGCUCCUCAAACCGUUCUCUGAAUCUGGGUGUUGGUGAAGGAAGGAACAAUGGAGUCCCGGGCACCUGUUUCCGGCACGGCUCUAAUGCGGAGCGCACACUGCCGUCCACUAUGUGUGUCAGCAUACUACUUCCUGUGGCAAAGGGGCAGCGGCCCCUGCUAAACUCUCCCACCCUCUGUCAUCCCCAUUUCCUGCUCUGUGAUGGGCUUGUGGCAGGCAGAAGGACUUGAUUUCUGUAGAAAAGCCAACGAUAAAGGCUUGAGCUUCUUUUUUUAUUUAUUUGUAUUGCGCUGUUGGCGGUAUAAGCCCUGCGCAGGGGGUGUUCCCAUUUGAAUCAUUUGGUUUGUCUGAAAGACAAACUGCCUACACAGAAGACCGGGAGAUCUGUGGCUAAAUCCAGUGCGCCUACUGUGCUGGCAGUCGGAUAGCUCAAAUCACCGUCCCUACAGAGAUUCCACGACGCAGGCCACAGCAAAGUUAGAUACUAGCCUGCUUAAGAUUGAAAAAUGUAAAACCAUGACCACAGAGAGACUGUCAGACAAUACAGCAAAGAGCUGCCGUUUUAAAAUCGAGUUCAUGUUUCCGACAUGAAGAUCACGGACGUCAUGAUUUGACAUCAUUUUUCCCCCAGUGUUCCCAGUGGUCUUGAAAGCACCAUGAGUCAGAUGCAGGUACCAUCAGUCCAGUAAAAUAAAAAAGCUAAUUAUGUGCUAAUUAUUUCAAUUUAUGUUCAGCUGUGCCUCGCAAGAGCUACACCAACUGAUCUAUUUAGUUAUCAAAGCUUGAGUUUUGAAAUAUAAUAUGGUCUGAGAGGAACCUUGUUGGCAGGUCAGGCAUUGAGCUAAUAUGUUGUGAUAAUGUAUUAGGCUCACUGCACAAACCUCAUUCCUACAGAACUGUUUGUAUAAGGCUAAUGUUAUUUUAAAAAAUCUGCUUUCAGACGGAUACAGUUGCCAUGAAGAGAUGCACUUGUCAUGUUUUUUUUUUUUUUUAAUCAGAGAGAUCUUGUCUUGCUUUCUGACCGCGAAAGUGAUCUUGACUCAGCAAAUGUUGGUGACCACUGCCGCCGUCCUUGUUUCCUCAAUUCCUAUCAAAGCCCAUUGGAGGAUAUGGUCCAAGGGGGAGGGACCUUGGAUCCACUCCUCCAAUGCUCUCCUUUGAGGAAGGAGGAUGCAUUACGUUUGCAGACGGCCAUUGUCUGCGAGGGAAUGGCAGAGAGGACAAGUGGCAGUUACUUAGACAAGCGUUGGAAAUGAGAGGGGACUUUCCAACCCCCCCCCCCCCAGCAUCACCAUUGAAUUAGGAAUUAGUCAUUUCAUAGGAUCUCUAUGAUAAAUCACUGACAUGACAUGGUCUACCAUCUGUAAAUCAAUAGGCAGUUCAUCUGCUGGACCCUAUUAGUUCUUGACACUGGCAGCAUCCUCACACCUCAAUGCUUCUAUCAUAAGUUACAGGCUAUCAGGGGAGAAACUUUGGUUUUAGAAGUGGGAGGGACAUAAUUGUUUUGAUAUUUUUUUAUCCAGUCGAAUAAACACUCUAGACAGCCUACCCGACUGCUCGGAGGCGUCUGCAUGGUCCCAAAGCACACCGUUGCCUUGUUUUGCAUCACAUUCCAAUGAUAAAACGGGACACAAAAAUGUGAUUUCAAAUGUGUCCCCUCCAUCCCCAGUGACAGUUGUGCCCCAGCAGGCGAUGUAUGAAUUCCUCAUUCAUUCUAUGCUCCAUAACCAGGGCUGAUUGUCAUCUCUGUUCUGUUAAUUGCAUUGCUCAUUGUAUUGGCAGAGUUGAAGCCUAAUUGGCACAGGUGAAAAUGUUAAUUAUAUUUCUGGGAGGCAAAUCAACAUGUUGAUUGUGAUGUUGGGAGAAGUGUGUGUGUGUGCAUGCUUUUCCCAAUAGCACAGGACAUAAUGGGCCGAGUUAACCGCGGUUCUGACUAGAGGGAGUACAGCAACAAUCAGAAGUGACUUUUUCAUAGCAGGUUAGGAGAAUUUAUGCAGCAGGUCAGGAUAAUUUACGUGGCAGGUUAUGAGACUUAGUUUAAGGUUAAGAAAAGGGUUAGGCUUAGCUAAAAUGCUCUCCUAACCUACUACAAAAAGUCACUUCCGGUCAUAGCUAUCUACUCCCUCUAAGCAAAACCGCCACAAUUGGUUUGCAUUGGUUUGUUUGUUGGUUGAUGAAUCUUCAAGUCCCAACAAAUGUUUAUCAUUACUAUAGAAAACCAUUUUCAAUCAUGAAAACAUCUCAAUACUUUGUACAUUUCAGAAUUCUAUCACAUAAUCCAUAAAUGUCAAUAAGUUUUUUUACCCAUGACAUUAAUAAAACACUGUAUAAUUGUUGAACUAAUGUGCGGUCCAAACACUUAAGACACACUCUUGUCCACUUACCCUCGCCUUAUGCCCUUGGGGGAAUCCCCGUUGCCAUCUUGGAGGGUGGUCCAAAUGAUUAAGCCCUCGUUUUUAGUCGGCUUUGCGAGUGUACAAUUAUGUUCACUCAGAGGCCUGAAACUCCCCAUAAUUCAAUUCGCGAUGAUUGUACAUCCGCUAAGAAAAGUCAGAGAAAACGUAAAAACAACACCAAAGGAGAAGUCAACAUACAAUUCGUCCAGUUUACUGGAGUCUGGUGACCAUCCUGCCCCGCUCACACCUCUCAGAUGGUGUUAAAGCACUCCGUACCAGUGAUAGUGGUUCAAAGCAGGAAGUGCUCUGUGCAAUCAUCUGGUGGCCCUUCUUUACCAGACAGUGCACUACUAUCAACUAAACAUUCCUGCUGCACCACCAGUUCACAGCUGCACAGACACAGAACAGAGUUGGCUCAAGCCAAGAACACUUCCAUGGCCAAGCUGCAGGCGCUCCAGAGCCAGCCAGCAGACCCAGAUGGUGGGUGGGGCUGGGUGGUGGUGGGGGCCCUGUUUGUGACCUCUGCCCUGGUGUUUGGGAUAAUCCGGAGCAUGGGGGUCUUCUUUGUGGAGUUUGUGCAGUACUUUGGGGAGGGCGCCCAGGCUGUAUCCUGGAUCACAUCCAUAGGGUUGGCCAUGCAGCAGUGUGUCAGUGAGUGUCCAAUUGGCACAGCGCUGUGUAAUGGAUACGGUGCCAGACCUGUUGUGAUGGCAGGAGGUUGUCUCUCUGCACUCGGCUUCAUCCUGGCCUCACAGGCCACCUGCGUCACACACCUCUACCUCACCUUGGGCAUCAUCUCAGGUUCGGGCUGGGCAUUAGUCUUCACUCCUAUGGUGGCGUCAGUGAUGCAGUACUUCACCCGGAAGCGCUCCCUGGCCAUGGCGCUAGGCUUUACGGGCGUGGGCCUCUCGUCCUUCGCCUUUUCACCCCUCUUCCAGCUCUUGGUGGAGAUGUACACCUGGCGGGGGGCCCUUCUCAUCCUGGGGGGCCUCAGCCUCAACAUGGUGGCCUGCGGGGCCCUCAUCAGGCCCCUGGGGACUCACAAGGCUGUAGCUGCGCUGGCCCCAGGUGAGAGUGCCUGUUCCUGCGCCUCCCUCUUCCAACGGGCCUACUCCUACCUGGAGCUUUCCCUCCUCUUCCAGCGGCCCUUCCUCACUUACAGCUUGGCCAUCACCUUCUUCAACUGUGGCUACUUUGUGCCUUACGUCCACCUGGUGGCCCACAGCCGCCACGAGGGCUUCUCCCAGUAUCAGGCUGCCUUCGUCAUCUCAGCCACGGGUGUGACGGACAUCGUGGGCCGUGUGGUGUCCGGCUGGGCCUCGGACCUGGGCCGUCUCCGUCUGCCCCACAUGCUGGUCCUCUGGACGGGCCUGUUGGGCCUCUCCCUCCUCGUGCUGCCCCUGGGCUCCUUGGGGGGGUCCUACCCGGGCCUCCUCAUCAUCAGCCUAGCUUAUGGGUUCUGCGCCGGCGCCAUGACUCCCCUGGUGUUCUCGGUGGUGCCGGAGAUCGUGGGCAUGGAGCGGAUGCUGGGCGCCCUGGGGCUGCUACAGAUGAUCGAGAGCAUCGGGGGGCUGCUGGGGUCACCGCUGUCAGGUUUGUUGAAGGACCUGACAGGCAGUUACACGGCCUCCUUCCUGGUCGCUGGUGGUUUCCUCCUGCUGGGUACCAUGGUAAUGACCACUUUGCCUCACUUCUUCUCCUGCACCGACCAGCACCCUCUCCAGAGACACGCCCACAACUACAACAACAAGCAGCAGAACCAGCAGAGCCCUGAGUCUGGCCUCAUGACCAACUCCCAAUCAGAGAAACUCAACCACAUAGAUACCAUACCGUACUCUCAACCGCAACUGGACUGCGACAGCCUCCAGCCGGAACCAGAGGUGUACAUGCCUUUAAACUGAAGCAGAACCGAUGAUGCCACUACUAUAUAGCCGAUGAUGCCACUUACUUAGCCAAUAGGGCGGCUGAAUGCCUCGUUUCUCAGUUUCUCAGUUUCUCAGUUUCCCCAUUGGUCUGGGGAGUAUAUGGUUAAGGUGCACGAGUGCUACAGGUUUAUAUUCCGAAGUCGUGUACAUUUGUGGAGGAGGAAGACACAGAUACAAGGCAAAAAUACACAUGGGCAGUGUGGGAUGUCUACUGUACACAUCCAACCAGUAUAUCGUGUUACAUAUGACUUGGCCGUGUUAUGACCAUGGCAUUUCACACGCAUAGCUUCUAACCAGAGGAGCCUGGUGGGAGGAUCUAUAGGAGGACGGACUCAUUGUAAUGGCUGGAAUGGAAUCAAUGGAACGGUAUCAAACACAGCAACCAUAUGGAAACUCCGUUCCAUUGAUUCCAUUCCAGUCAUUACAAUGAGCCCUUCCUCCGAUAGCUCCUCCACUAGUCCAUAUGUCACCAUGACUUUCAGAAUCUGCUCAUGUGAAGUCUUAUUCAGUUUUCUAGCUGUAGAGAAAAGGUCAACAUGGUGGGUGGCAUUCAGUAUAAGAAGUCCUCAGGCAACUCAGCUAGCAAUUUUUUUUGUUUUGUUUUUUUUGUUUGUUGACCUUUAUUUAACCAGGCAAGUCAGUUAAGAACAAAUUCUUAUUUUCAAUGACGGCCUAGGAACAGUGGGUUAACUGCCUGUUCAGGGGCAGAACGACAGAUUUGUACCUUGUCAGCUCGGGGAUUUGAACUUGCAACCUUCCGGUUACUAGUCCAACGCUCUAACCACUAGGCUACCCUGCCGCCCCUAUACGUCACAGACCAUAUCAUGUGACAGUCUAGUUCAUGGCAUAUGUCCAACAUUUUUGACCCUUCUCUCUCUCUCUCUCUCUGUCCAAACAGAGCCUUGGGGUAGCCCCCACAGUAGGCUACCAUAUCACUUGCAGGAUCAAUGUAGGUGUACUCACAAGAUCAACCACAUCUGGGUGGCAGAAUGUUUAUUUUGUAAGGAACUUCUAAAAGCGGAACCGUUCACACCAGGGCCACCAUUUAGCAUUCAAUAUCUUCCAAUGAGAAAGGCUUCUGAUUUUAAACACACCAGUCCGUCUCGAUCUGUACCCAUAGGUACAUAGGUAGAAGGGAAUCUGGUUUGAGUUCUUUCCCCCACCCAACUCUCUGACUUGUCUAAUCUAGUAGGCUAUGCGUGAGUAAGAUUGAAGUAGCACUAAUCCGUUUUCUUUGAAUCAUUCUCUGGAAUGAUAUAUUCACAUGAGUCAUUUGGUGUUCUAUGUCAAAAAAUGGAUGAUUGUUUUAGGUGUAUUUCUCUGACCCCUGGUAUUAUUCAACUAACUCGAGGCCACAGUCCCAUAGUCGGGCUGCUAUGAGGAUAUGACGAGUUUAAUUCUAAAACGCUAUAUAUCAAUUUUCAGAAAUGUUUGUAAAUGAGCUUUUGUAGUAUAAAGAACUUAUUAAAGAGAUUGUGUUUUUUUCCACUAUCUAAUCAUGGCACGGGGUUGUUCAAUGACAGACAUGUCAUUGUUUUGGAUUCGAUCACUUGGUGGUUUCAUUUCAGAGAGAUAAAUAAUCAUGUUUUGUUGCAAAACCCUAUAUAUCCGCCUCAUUCUCGGAGGAAUAACUAGUACUGCUAGGUUUAACACAGUCAAAUGUAAUAAAUAACAUUUUUUUUUCAUAAAGAACUGCACAAAUGACAUAUGUUACAUCAAUAUAAAAAAAAUGAAACAUUAUAGUAAUAUGAGAUCUGUAGGAUGUAAAAUAUUUACAUUUGACAUUUGAGUCAUUUAGCGGACUCUUAUCCAGAGCGACUUACAGUUCAUUCAUCUUAAGAUAGUUAGGUGAGACAGACACAUAUCAUUCAAAUGUACAAAAUUCGAGCUAAACAAUGGGUAUAUAGAGUUUUGCAAAUAAAUAAAUAAUUAAACGCCUAAAAUCUAUGAAUUAAAAGUCGGAAAACAUAUUUUACACCCAUGAAGAUACCAUAAGAAAUAAUUUCUGAUGAAAAAACGUGGGAAAAUGGGUGGAUAUAGCGUUUUUGGAACAAAACUCUUCAUAUAGACAGUCUAUUCCUCAUGUACAAUAAUGUUAUACAAUCAUAUCAUAUUUUGGACUAAACACCAAAGGAACUCCAAAAGAUUGAGCUUAGUGUAGAUGGAAGAACAGCCUCUAUUCGUAGGGCAUGGACUCUACAAGGUGUCGAAAGCAUUCCACAGGGAUGCUGGCCCAUGUUGACUCCAAUGCAUCAGUUGUGUACAGUUGUCAAGUUGGCUGGAUGUCCUUUGGGUGGUGGACAAGGGAUCAUAGCUUUCACUCUACAUCUUGAAAAGAGCACAAGGUGUUUUCCCAAAGCAAGUAUGGAAUAGGCAACCUACUGACAUGUAGUCACUCACUGGCAGUGUGCUCUCCUAGUUUCCAGAACUUUCUCAGUUCAGUCAAUCAACGCAAUUUUCUGUUUACUGAAUAUCAAGUGCUGUUGAAAUUGUAUGUAGUUACUCUCCUGUGAAUGUCUCUUGUUCAUCAUUUAUUUCCAUGUUUUUUUUUUCAUCAUUAUUUUGCAAGGUGAGGGCUAGACAAUUGUGCCCCCAACCCAAAUCUGUUCGUGCUGUCUUGCAACUCCUCUGGUCUUUGUCCCGCCGAACAGUUUUGACAGAUCUGGGACCAGGCUAAGACGAUCAUGAUCUGGAUUUGGUUGGCAGAGCACUUCUAGGUAAUCUAAUUGGUCAGUUGAUACUUUUGUCAGUGACUAUGUUUACAUGCACACCAGAGGAGGCUGGUGGGAAGAGCUAUAGGAGUAUGGGCUCGCUGUAAUGGCUGGAAUGGAAUGGUAUCAAACAUGGAAACCACGUUUGACUCCAUUUAUACCAUUCCAGCCAUUACAAUGAGCUGUUGUCCUAUCGCUCCUUCCACCAGCCACCACUGAUGCACACAGUAUUCCAGAUAAUCGCUCAUAUCCCAUGUAAGGUCCUGUUCAGGAUAUGCUGUUUACAUGCACUUUUGCUAUCCCGCUUAUAAGUAUUUCUGUGUCCAUGAAUAAACAAAAUAUUCCUCAA